AUGUAUAAUGAUGAUGCUGUUGUUGAUGUUGUUGAUGGUAUUGUUGAACAGAACAGAUUUGGGCCGGGAAAUUUUCGGGGUCGGGGAAUCCCGAUCCCUGUUAGGGAACGGGGAUGGGAACAGAGAGAGAGAAGGCGGUGGUGGUGGUUGGUUUUGAUAGAGAACGCCACAAACUCUACGGCGGCGGAGGUCGAUCCACGCCUCCUCAAGGCCAUCAAAUACGUCGUCCGAAACUCCGAUUCCGAGCUCCGCCUCGCCGCCCAAACCCUAAUGAAUCUCAUGAAACGAGAUCACUCUCAGGUUAGAUAUCUUGCGCUUCUCAUAAUAGAUGAACUAUUCAUGCGGUCGAAACUGUUUAGAACCCUUCUUGGAAACUUGGAUCAGUUAUUGACUCUAAGUGUGGGAUUCAGAAGAAACUUGCCGCUUCCUGCUCCUCCAGCUGUUGCAUCGGUUUUUGCGCGAAAGGCGAUUGAAUUCUUAGAGAAAUGGAAUGCUUCUUAUGGGAUGUAUUACAGACAGCUUAGGUUAGGGUUUGACUACCUAAAAAACACCCUUCGUUUUCAAUUCCCAAACUUACAAGCUAAUGGGGUUCGGAUUCAGCAGGAGAGAAGGGAGAGGGAGAUGAGGACAAAAGAGAUUUUACUGAACAAGUUUGAAACGCUGAAGGAAAAUUUUCCUUCAAUCAAGGAUGAAUUACAGUCAACACUUGAUGAAAUUGGGGAAUGUUUAGAAAUUGUAACUGCAACAAAUGAAAAUGUGCCAAUGGAUCUUUUAGAUGAUGAAGAAAUGGAAGAGUUUCGUAGUUCUGAACUUCGACAGAUACGUCUUGAUUCAUUGAAAGAAGCAGAGAAAGUUCAAGAAACAGGUGACAAUAAAGUGGUUUUCGAUGUGUUGAGGGAGCUUUACAAGCUCCUGGUGACGAAGCAUUUGGUUUCAGUGCAAGAGUGGAUCUCAGUUCUUGUAAGGGUUGAAGUGGCAGACAACAGAUUCAGGGACUCCGCGUUGAAAGAGUUCAUUGAUAUUCGAAAUCAUCUCCGGUCAGUGAAGAAGAAAUGUGAAGAAGCAGGUUGUUCUCUUCCCGACAGCAAAAAUCACGAGGAAGAAGAUAUUUGGGAAGAGGGUACUAUUGAAUCAUUUGAGAACUGGAAUUCUGCCACUCUUGAUAAGCAAAGCGAUGAUUCUAAUAUUGCCUCGACUUCCACUGAGGUAAAAAAGAAAGCUUCCAAGAACAGUAAUAAAAAAGAAGAUAGCAAUGAGAAGAUGGAUUGUGAAGGCAGUGGAACUGAAUCGAACCCCCAGAGGAGUAAGUUUCUGGCUGAAGCUCCAGUGAUGAAGUGGGGUUCGUUCUUGGAUAAUUGGGAUAAAAAAAGGGAUGUUUUGGCCAACCAAAGGGGUUUGGAGCUUGAAAAUCAUUGGGGUCGGGUAGACUACGAUGCAGUUAUUCCAGCUGCGAAAAUCGCAGAAUUGAAUGUUCAAGCAACGGUUUAUGAAGAAGACCCUGUUGAAAUCCAACCAUGUCGCGUUCGUUUGAGUAAAGGGGGCCUUUGUCAGAGAAGAGAUUUGAGGGUUUGCCCAUUUCACGGGCCUAUAAUACCGCGAGACGAUGAGGGAAAGCCAAUCAAUCAAACCUCUUUAACAGAGGAGAUAACUCCUGAUUUCGGGAGUAAUUUGGUGGAGCAAUUGGCAAAACAGGCAGUGAAGAAUAUUCGGGAUAGAGAUAUAGAGGAAGUAAAGAAGAGAGAACAUGAUAAAAAGGCAUUGAAGCGAGCAAAGCUUGCAAAAGUUCGAGAACACAAUGAUGCUGUCUUACGGGAACUUGCUAUGGCUUCAACUUCAAGAUCUUCAGCUGUUGGAGAAGAUAUAGAGACAACCAAUGGGGAGAGGUCUUCAGCCAGAAACAAGAAGCAAACUCUUGCGUCGAUGUUGAAAAAGAAAGUAACAGCUAAAGAUAGAUUAGCUCAAAGGUUGUUGAACACCGGUGCAAGAGAUGCAACGACAAGACAACUCACUCUGGGAGAGGAUGCAAAAUACAGAGAAGCCUUCCCAAAUCAGUGGUAGAUGUGAAAUUUCUCAGUUACACGUUUCUGAUAACUCGUUCGGUUCAUCCUGUAAGUCCCAUAACACUUCCUCUUAAUCAUCCUGUAAGUCCCAUAACACUUCGUCUUAAUCACUUGAUCCAUUUGUUGUAAUAUCGGCUUUGGGGAUAGUGAAUGACACCAAGGGAGCGGUUUUUUUGGCUAGUUUUGUAUUAUACAUGAGUGUUUUUUUUUUCUUUUUGUUCCUCUCCAAUUUCUUUGCAGCAGAUUGUAUCUAUUGCAGAUAGAGAAUUAUUUUAUUUUAUUUUAUUUAUAUUUUUAAGUUAUGAGAAGCUGUGAAUUUUCAUUGUU